AUGGAAAAAGAUGAAUCUCUUGAGCUUUUUUCCAAGAAAGCAUUUAAGAAAGAUCAUCCUGAAGAUGAUUAUUUUGUUUUGUCAGAAAUUGUGGUUAAAUAUGCAGGAGGUGUUCCUUUGGCACUCUAUGUUUUAGGCUCCUUACUAUGUGGCAGAAGUCUCCUUGAGUGGGAAGAAACUUUAGAAAGGAUGAAGCACAUUCCAGAUAAAGAUAUUUUUCAAAUUCUUAAAGUAAGUUAUCUCGGAUUGAAUGAUGAAGAAAAGGCAAUUUUUUUAGAUAUUGCUUGCUUCUUCAAUGGAUGGAAAAGAGAUGAAGUAGCUCAAAUUUUGAAAAAUUGUGAUCUUCAUCCAACUAUUGGAAUAAAUAUUUUGAUUGAAAGAGCUCUCUUGAUUGAGAAGAAGACAUUUGAUGGAGAAACCGUAUUAGGGGUCCAUGAUCUACUUCAAGAAUUAGCCAGGAGUAUUGUUUUUCAAGAAUCUCCUGGUCAUGUUCAUGGACGAAGUAGGUUGUGGAAUCUAGAAGACAUCCAUGAAGUAUUGGAAAAUGAUAAAGGAUCUGAAGCAAUACAAGCUAUGGCUUUGCCUUUUAACCUAGAUAGAAAAAUACAAGUACAUCGUGACGCCUUCUCAAAGAUGUAUAAUCUAAGGUUGCUCAUCAUAUCAAGUGAAGUGAAACUUCAUAGUGGUCUCAAAUGCUUUUCUAGCACAUUAAAGGUUAUUCGAUGGAGGUUGUAUCCUCUAGAAACUCUUCCGAUUGGAACUCAGUUGGAUAAACUUGUCGACAUUCAAAUGCCUUUUAGCAAAAUAAAACUCUGUGAUGGCAUGCAGCUUAUGAAGAAGUUGAAGUUUAUUGAUCUAAGCAAUUCCAAACAUUUGGUUGAAACCCCAGACUUCUCAGAAAUUCCAAACCUGGAAAAAUUGAAUCUUGAAGGGUGCUCAUCUCUCAUUACGGUUCAUCAUUCACUUGGAGAGUUGAAAAAGCUUGUUGAAGUGAACUUGUCGUGUUGUACCAGUCUUGAGAUCCUUCCGAAAAUAUUGGAAAUGAACUCUUUGAUAAAGUUAGAUAUUAGUUGGUGCGAUAAACUUUCAACUCUUCCAGAAUUCGGGGAAUGCAUGAAAAAAUUAACAGUGCUUGAUGCAAGGAAAACUGCUAUAACCAAACUUCCAGAAUCGCUUGGAUUCUUGUCUGGUCUUAGAGAUUUGAAUCUAAGGGGCCCCCGAAAACUUGUUCUUCAAAUGCAGUUUGUCAUCAUUAAUUACUUUACGCCUGGAAGGAAAUGA